CAUGUGUGUGUGUGUGUGUUUGUGUGUGUGUGUGUGGAGAGACGAGCAGGAGUGAGGACGCUGGUGCUGCACUUGUUUUGGGCUUGUUUUUCACUCAUCAGUUGCUUGUUUUUUAUUUCAGAGUUGGCAACACUGCCCCGGGGCACCAGUGUCAGGGACACCUGAGCUAAGAUGGUGAAGGCGAAAAAAACGUUUCCAAAGCGGGGAACCCCAGAAAGGCAGAGCAGGACGACGGUGCUGGCGGCACCCCACGCAGUGCAGCAGCUCAUAGACACUGGCAAGAGGGGCAAAGCCAGGAAGGUAGCAGCGAUUAAGAAACAAGUGGCGGAGAAGAAUGAUGCUCAGCAAUCCCCGAUGCUGGACCUGGGCUCCCAGCGGCAGCGAUGGCUCAACUUCGUCACACAGCAAAGCCUCAGCUCGGAGGAUGCAGCCAAACUUCUGCUGGACUCCUUUGAGUACAAAGGACUGGUGAAGCACAGCGGAGGGUGUCACUGCGGAGCUGUCCGUUUCGAGGUUUGGGCAUCAGCUGACCUUCAUGUUUUCGACUGCAACUGCAGCAUUUGUAUGAAGAAGCAGAACAGGCACUUUAUUGUGCCCGCAUCACGUUUCAAGUUACUGAAGGGAGCAGACAACCUCACAACUUACACCUUCAACACUAAGAAAGCAAAACAUACUUUCUGCAAGACCUGCGGUGUGCAAAGCUUCUACACACCCCGCUCCAACCCUGAUGGUUAUGGGAUCGCUUCUCAUUGCCUUGAUGAUGGUACAGUCCACAGUAUUCAUGUGGAGCAGAUCAAUGGGAAGGAGUGGGAGAAAGCCAUGAAAGAACACAAGUCCAUUCUCAGCAUGUCAAAGUCCUGAGCACGUUCCAGAUUAUCGUUCUGUUUCUCUUCGUUUAUGGUUUUCCGUCCAUUACUAGUUUUAUACAUUUCUGCCAUUGUGUUCUUCUUCAAUUUAGUGAAAUAAAUCUUUUCUAUACACUCA